AUGACUGCUCCUGUAUCUUCCUCAAUGGUAACUUACUUGGCUACAAGUAGCACUAUCUCCAUUCCGCAGGCUUCCAGCAAUCUUUUGAACAGCACAUCUUCUAGCAAGCCUCCUGGUCUCAUCCCCUCAUCUCCCUACGUUUAUCAGAGUAUUUCUCUCGGUCAACAAAUAUUUCUUGCCAACACUCCCCAAAAUGGAUUUGUUAUCGCCCAGCCUCCGGGAACUUCCUACAUGAUCGCCCACCCUCAGCCCCAGUUCCAAGUUCGGGCUCCUACAGGCGGUCAGACGAUUCCAAUGGCUCUCGUCCUUGGCACUCAACCUGCCUCAAAUCUGAUUCAGUUGCCCCAACAACCCGCAGCGGCUAACAUGAUUUCUGCAGCCAACCCUCCCAUUGUGUGUGCCAAUCCCGCAGUCGCGGUUCAGCCGAAUCUUCAACAGUCAUCCUGUCCUCAGCCAUCCGUUCGAGCACCAUCCAAUGGCCUGGCAGUAAGUUUUGCCAAUUAA